GAAUCCAGCUCUCCGGACUCAAGCUGCAAACAAAAAGCUCAGGUCUUGCUCCCUCCCUCCGCCCCCCGACGCGCACCCGGAGAAACAGUUUUCUGCAGAAAUGCAACAAGUAGCACCCGGAGCUCGCGGAGCGCCCAGCGCCGCCUGACUUGGCCGGGCAAAGCCCGCCUGCAAAGACCCGGGCCAGCCACCGGACAAAGGGCGGAGGAGGGGCUGGACGGCGCUGCGAAGUCCGAAAGAGGCCAUUUAGCGACUCUAGCCAGGCCAAGGGGAAUGCAGAGGAGACACAGAGCCGGCGGGCCAAGAGGACGAUCCGGUCGCAGCACGCAGGGCGGGCGGCAAUGGAGGCUGCCCGCGCCGUGCGCUUCCUGCUCGUGGUGUGCGGCUGCCUCGCGCUCCCGCCGAGGGCCCAGCUGGUGUGCCCGGAGCGCUGCGACUGCCAGCACCCCCAGCACCUCCUGUGCACCAACAGGGGGCUCCGCGCCGUGCCCAAGACUAGCUUGCUCCCGAGUCCGCAGGACGUGCUCACCUACAGCCUCGGCGGCAACUUCAUAACCAACAUCACGGCCUUCGACUUCCACCGCCUGGGGCAGCUCAGACGGCUGGACCUGCAGUACAACCAGAUCCGCUCCCUACACCCCAAGACCUUCGAGAAGCUCUCGCGGCUGGAGGAGCUCUACCUGGGCAACAAUCUCCUGCAGGCGCUCGCCCCGGGCACCCUGGCACCGCUGCGCAAACUGCGCAUCCUUUACGCCAACGGGAACGAGAUUGGCCGCCUCAGCCGCGGCUCCUUCGAGGGCCUGGAGAGUCUAGUCAAAUUGCGGCUGGACGGGAACGCCCUGGGGGCGCUUCCGGAUGCCGUCUUUGCCCCCUUGGGCAACUUGCUCUACCUACAUCUGGAGGCCAACCGGAUCCGCUUUCUGGGCAAGAACGCCUUCGCCCACCUGGGGAAGCUGCGCUUCCUCAACCUCUCUGCCAACGAGCUGCAGCCCUCCUUACGCCACGCAGCCACCUUCGCACCGCUGCGCUCCCUCUCCACCCUCAUCCUUUCAGCCAACAGCCUGCAGCACCUCGGGCCGCGCGUCUUCCAGCACCUGCCGCGCCUCGGCCUACUUUCGCUCAGGGGCAAUCAGCUCACGCACCUCGCACCCGAGGCCUUUUGGGGGUUGGAGGCCCUGCGCGAGCUGCGCCUGGAAGGCAAUCGGUUGAGCCAACUGCCCGUGGCGCUGCUGGAGCCUCUGCACAGCCUGGAGGCGCUGGACCUGAGCGGCAACGAGCUGUCGGCUCUGCACCCCACUAUCUUUGGCCACCUGGGCCGGCUGCGCGAGCUCAGCUUGCGCGACAACGCGCUCAGCGCCCUCUCCGGGGACAUCUUCGCGGCCAGCCCGGCCCUCUACCGACUGGAUCUAGACGGCAACGGCUGGACCUGCGACUGCCGGCUGCGGGGCCUGAAGCGCUGGAUGGGCGACUGGCACUCGCAGGGCCGGCUCCUCACCGUUUUCGUACAGUGUCGCCACCCUCCGGCCUUGCGGGGCAAGUACCUGGAUUACCUGGAUGACCAGCAACUGCAGAACGAAUCUUGCGCAGAUCCCUCUCCCUCGGUUUCCCCAACUGCCGAUGGCAAGCGGCGGCCCCUACCCACAGCCCCAGGGGAGAAGGUGGCGCUCCCAGCAGGUGCCCUCGCGGAGGAACUGCCGCCUCAGCCGCAGCUACAGCCACAGCAACGGGGUCGAUUUCUGCCGGGGAUUGCCUGGGAUGGGGCCGCCAGGGAGCUCUUGGGUAACCGCAGCGCCCUAAGGUUGAGCCGGCGCGGCCCUGGCCUCCAGCAGCCGGGCUCCAACGCCGCUGCUUCCGCCAGCCCGGCGUCACACCCCCUAGAGCUGCUCGAGAAGCCUGAGCGGGGACGUCUGACUCCGUCAGUUCCCGCCCACGCGGAGCCUACCCCGACGGCCGAGCUCGGCUCUGAGUCAGCCGGCGACCUCUGGCAGCACGCAGCGAAGCAGCGCCUGGCCGCGCAGCAGCAGGAGAGCGCCGCCCAAUCCGACGGCGGGGUCGGCCUGCCGCCGCUGGUGUCCGACCCGUGUGACUUCAACAAGUUCAUCCUGUGCAACCUGACGGUAGAGGCAGUGGGCGCCGACAGCGCCUCGGUGCGCUGGGCGGUGCGUGAGCACCGCAGCCCCAGGCCGCUGGGCGGCGCGCGCUUCCGCCUGCUCUUCGACCGCUUUGGCCAGCAGCCUAAGUUCCACCGCUUCGUCUACCUGCCCGAGCGCAGCGACUCGGCCACGCUGCGCGAACUACGCGGAGACACCCCCUACCUGGUGUGCGUGGAGGGAGUGCUCGGUGGCCGGGUCUGCCCGGUGGCUCCCCGGGACCACUGCGCCGGGCUGGUUACCCUGCCGGAGCCUGGGAGCCGGAGCAGCGUCGACUACCAACUGCUGACCUUAGCCCUGCUGGCCGUCAACGCGCUGCUGGUGCUCCUGGCCUUGGCGGUCUGGGCGUCGCGCUGGCUGCGGAGGAAGCUGCGGGCCAGGCGGAAGGGCGGGGCCCCAGUCCACGUUCGCCACAUGUACUCUACCCGACGGCCCCUGCGCUCCAUGGGCACCGGCGUGUCAGCCGACUUCUCGGGAUUCCAGUCGCACCGGCCGCGCACCGCCGUGUGCGCGCUCAGCGAGGCGGACCUCAUCGAGUUCCCGUGCGACCGCUUCAUGGACAGCGGGGGCGGCGGCGCGGGCGGCAGCUUGAGGCGGGAGGACCACCUCCUUCAGCGAUUUGCUGACUAGAGCCUGGCUAGCCCCAGAGUUCCUGGCUACCUGCUUAUUGACGAGGACUGCAAGGCAACUGUCCAGCCUUCCCCACUGAGACACACGUGCAGACUGUUCACAUAAGUCAUAGACACUCAUGUGUUGGGUGAACACCCUGGUGGAACCAGCUCCCAGAUCAAGAAUUGAAAGAGCACCUGCCUCCCAGAGCUUUCCCUCAGCCACCCCAGGCUGGUCCCCGCCGCAACCCCGCACCGGAGGUAAACACCCGUCUGGCUCCUUACGCCAAAGAUCGGCUUUACCUACUUUUGCACCUUGUUCACUUCUGCCCCGAAACCACUGGCGUUGUGGCGGUAAAGUGCUUCUUCGUAUCCGAAGUGUGCCUGCUCUGCUUCUCUUCACUGCUCAUGAUGGUAGAGUUAAGGCAGCUGCCCUGGAAACACUCAUUAACAAGACGUUUGAAAUUGCCACCACCCAAGGCCUCUGCAGAAACAGUGUGUGGCUAACGUAUUAAUCCACGCUUUAGGGACAAGCAAGACCCAGCAGUGGGGGUAAAAGGAAUCCUCUGAAUUCUCUGAAAAGAUAAAAGAUAUUAAGGAGCCAUCAAUGAUGCUAGAAAACAUAAAGUUAUAACCUGUCACCUCUUUCAUGUACACACGUCAUAGUGUUUUUCCCACUGUUCUACCCGAGAAGGAAGAUGUUUCUGUGUAGUGUUUUUGUUUGCUUAUUUAAGCCCAAAUCUGUCCCUUUUGUAUAGAAUACCAUGCUAAGAAUAAUCUGAUGGGUCAACGAAUAAUCACAGAAAGCCAGGAUAUCCUUAUACAAAUGAAAGAAAAUAAACCCCCAGUCUGUAUAUUUUAUCUCUGCGCCGCUGAGCCCGGGCACCCUGCGGCAUGACUGGUUUUCCUGUUUCUGUUUGACUGUUUGGAGCCGCGUGUGUGGAACCUGCAUAUGAGUCACGUGCAAGAUGGCACUGGGAUGGUAGCAUAUUUCUUUCACUGUUUAAACAACUU